AUGUCCCACCAUCAAGACCAUGGUGGGGUCCAGCAGCCUGCCGCUGUGACACCACCGACCCCAGCUCUCGAUUCGACCGUCCCUUCGCCCACCCCCACGCGUCCUCCCACGCCAUCCGAAAACGAGUCACAGAUGACAGCUGUUGGCCAAGACACACUCGAGAAAGAGGUCGCUUUCCCUCUCAGUAACGGCCGCAAGUGGUGUGCGCUGCUAGUGUUUGUCACGUCCUUGUUCAUUGAUGUUCUGAGUUCAUCCGCAUUCUUUGUGUUCACCGCACCCAUAUCGGAGGACCUGGGCAUUAUCUUUGAGCAGCAGACAUGGAUCAUCACAUCCUACGCUGUGAGCUUUGCCUCAUUUUUGCUCUUCUGGGGCCGGAUAUGUGACCUGUUCUCCGCCAAGGCCGUGUUCCUGUACGGGUUUGGCACCGUGGGCAUUCUCAACCUCAUUCUAUCGUUCCUCAAGGACCGCUACUCGUUCUUUGUCUUGCGAGCCCUCACGGGUGUCGCUGGCGCGUGCGUCGUGCCUGCCGCCUACCGCCUCAUCGCAGAGGUGUUCCCUCCCGGCGAGCAGCGUGGCCGCGCGUACACCAUCUACGGCAUGACGGGUUCCCUGGCCAACGUGUCUGGCACGAUCAUUGCCGGUGUCUUUGAGUUGAUCCCCAACGGCGGCCAGAUGACCGCCUGGAGGUGGUUCUUCCGCAUGGUUGCGCUCGUGACGAUCCCUUCGGCUAUCGUAGCCCACUUUGUUAUCCCCCCACACGAGGGCGGCCACACUCUGGAGAUCACCAGCAAGCGGGAGAAGAUCAAGGCCAUGGAUCUGCCUGGAAUCGGAUUCAUGCUUUGUGCCCAGCUGCUGCUCAUCAUGGGCCUGACCUUUGGCGCAACAUACGGCUGGACCAAGGCCUCGUUCCUGGCCCCGUUCAUCAUCGGCGCCCUCCUGUACCCCGUCUUCUUCUGGUGGGAGUCGCGUCUUCCGGAGAUUGACGCCCUCCUCCCUCCCUCCAUCUGGCGCAUCCCGAACGUGACCGUGCUCGUGGUGUUUGCGCUCAUCACGCUCGGAUGGUGGGGUGUCAACUUUAUGCCCUUCCUCGAGCUGUUCCACCAGGUGCACGGCGAGAGCAUGCUCCUGUCUGCUGUCCGGACAUUGCCAGAGGGCAUCGCGGCGGCCAUCUUCAGCUCGAUGCUGGUCGUGUGGCCCAGCCUCACCCGCCACCCGCGCACCCCCAUCAUCAUCUCCAUGACCAUGUGCUGUGGCGCCUACGCCCUGUGGACGCAGGCAAAGGGCGUCGUCGGCGUCGACUACUGGAAGUGGGUUUUCCCCGGCAUGGUGUUCGGCUCGGCCGGCAUGCAGAUUGUGCUCGUCGCAACCAACGUCGGCGUGAUGCAAGCCGCUCCCGCGGGCCGCGAAGGCGUCAUUGGCGCCAUUCUCCAGACGUCGAUGCAGACGUCGAGCGUCAUUGCGCUCUCCAUCCAGGCCGGCCUGUUCACCGUCAACCCUGGCGGCCUGUACAACUUUGCCAACGUCCAGGCGUCGUGGUACUUUGAGCUUGGGUGGAGUAUCCUGUGGCUCAUUGGCUUCAUUGUCUUCUACAAGCCGCAAAAGGUCGCAAAGGGCCAGGCCAUGCCUGCCAUGGCCCAUUAG